GUAGUGCCUCGCUGGCUGGAUCUUGAUUGGAAAGUCACACAGUUAAAAGAGAAGUCUACUGCUGGCACUGAUCCUCUGCACUUUGCAUACCAGUUUCAGCCACCACCAAGCUCACCUUCAACACCAUCCUCACCCUUAAGACCCUCACCCACGAGACAUUACUCACCUGCAGAGCCUAAAUCAGACUGGUGGGAGAGGGUUGUGACUACGGAGUUCCAGCCUCAAGACUGGCUCAACACAUUCCAUCUGAGCAAGGACACAUUUGACCAACUCUGUGACAAGCUCAGACCUGAAGUAAAAGACCCUACCUGUCAUGUCUCCCUGGAGAAACGUGUGGCAAUGGUUAUAUUACGGUUGGCCACCAACUUGGACUAUCUCUCUAUCGGUGACCUACUUGGCACGAGCAGCACCACAGUAAUCAAAUGUGUACGAGACAUAUGCAAUAUCAUUGUGACAGUGCUGAAGCCACUCUUCAUUCAUCAGCCAAGUGAACAGGAGCUGGAGGAAAUUGCUGCUGCGUUCAACACACAGUGGGGUUUCCCUCAUUGUGUGGGUGUCAUUGAUUCCCUUCACGUUUCUGUGAAAUCUCAAAGCCAAACCAGUGAUGGCUGGAACAGCAAAGGAUGGCCCUCCACGGUGUUGCAGGGAGUUGUGAAUGGACAUGGUCAAUUCUGGGACGUCCGUGUAGGCUUUCCAGGCAGCACUGAUGAUGCAACCAUACUGCAGGGCUCUGAACUAUGGAUGUUGGCGAGAGAAGGGGGACUGUCACCAAAGACACUUCACAAACUCAUGGGCCAACCUCUUGGCUAUGUGCUGUUGGGUGAUGCAGCCUUCCCUUUGCAGAGCUGGCUGCUCAAAUGUUAUCCAGAGUCACCUCAACUAACACCUCAGCAACAUACAUUUAAUACUCAGCUGAGCCAUGCACGGACCCCUAUUGAGGGUACCUUUCGUCGCCUGAAAGCCCGCUGGCAGUGCUUAAAGCGCAACAACAGCAAUGCUGCCCUGAUCCCUGUGAUGACUCAGGCAUGCUGCAUUCUACAUAAUAUGUGCGAGAUGAAUAAUGAUCCCUUUAUGGAGAAGUGGCUUGAAGAGACGAGCCAAAGCCUUUCCCAGCCGUGCGACCUAGCUCCUGCAUGUCUGGAUGACUCCAAUGGCGAGGCGGUGAGGUCUUUACUAUGUGACUACCUCCAUCAGCUACCAGAAUCGCAGAAGCAGGGCAGUACACAUACAGACCGGGCAGACUCUCGCCCUGUCACACUCUCGGAGUGUGCUGAAGCAGUCAACAUAUUAACUACACUAGACUGACAAUGUUGAUCUCUUGCAUUAAAAAGUGAUGUAUAUAUGAUGUAUAUUAUGUAUGUGCAUGUCUGCAAUGAAGCAUACAUAGCUUUAAAAAAUAUAUAUACACUGCUGAAAAAAAUAAAGGGAACACUAAAAUAACACAUCCU